AUGCCUCGCAUUGCCUGCAAGGAACCUACCAAACGCACCCCGACCCAAUGCCAAGUUUGCUUCAAGUCGCAUGCACAAAUGCAAAUACUGUCCCAUGCGCAUGUGGCAAAAACCCAACCUCAACGCCCACGUCUGCUCAAAACACACGGGCGAAAGCCGUACAAAUGUGGUGCCCCGGGAUGUAACUUCGCUUCACCCAGUGCUUCUGGCCGGCAUCGCCACAGAAAGGAUUGCGAACUGUUUCUCGAUCCGAAUUUCGUCCACAAAACAUUUCCCGGGAAACAGCUUCACCCCGGUGUCAAUGCCGGCGUCCCGCUUGAAGGAUUCAUCACAUUCUCAAUGGUGUCCUCCAAAUCUGACAUUGAGGCAUGGCUCCCAGAGGACACACCAAUUCCCCCACCAAUCGCCUCCCCACAAGGAUGUGACUUGAAUUUCCCUGAAAUGGUCUCCUCACCCUCUGACUCCAGUGUGACCGACAACUCACUAUCCAUGGAUUUCAGCGGUGGCAUGACGGAAUCACCACUGCCUGAUUUCUUUCUUCGUGCGGCAUCGCCUGCAUCAUCAGAUCUCAGCUCCGAGUCUUCCAUCUCUUCGACAUCCUCCGUCGUGAUCGAACCUCGGCUACUUUCGCCUCCCUUUUACCUGGAUUUCGAUCAAUCCUACACAGCUAGUUUCGACGGGUUAUCCACCGGGUCAAGUACAGUGGACUUCAAUGCACUUGCCCUCUAUUCCUUCAUUGCAUUCCCAUUGAAUGACGCAUCUUCCUUGCCCUUUCGAUCGUCAAUGGAAGAUUUCUCUCUUCCACCGUUCGAGCAGCUUUUUUCAUCGCUCUACAUCGACACCGAGAAAUUUCUCGAACAAACUUUAUUCGACACGACUUUAACUUGA